AUGGCCGACGACGACCGACGACGUGUCCACGGCCAGCAGCGCGCCGCCGCCGUUGCCGCGCUCCUGGCGCUCGCCGCCCUUCUCUUGGUGCUGUGUGGCCUGACGCUGGUGGCUUCGAUCGCCGGCCUCGCCGUCGCGGCGCCUCUGUUGCUGCUCUUUAGCCCCGUGCUCGCCCCCGCGACGCUGCUGGCUUGGCUGCUCGCCACGGGUGCCGCGGCGUCGGCGGCGCUGGCCCUCGGGGCCCUCUCCAUCCUGUCGCGCCUGCUGCGGCGCAUGGCGGCAAGCCUGCCGGACGACCACGACUACGUGGAGGAGGGGAAGCGGCGCGUCGGGGAGGUGGCGGCGGUGGCCGGGGAGAGGACGCCGCACGCCGCGCUGGCCGUGGUGAGCCGGGGGCAGGGCGCCACCGACCACAAGAAAUCCAAGAACUACGAGCACUACGUCGCCGGCCGAAUGGUGCAGAACGCAUAAUGAGAGAGGCUAGCAUAUAUACUAUAUAUGUACACAACCUUGCAUUGUAAUAAUCUUGCAACAAUACCGAUAUAUUAGUUUUGUAUAUAUCAUGCUAUUACUAUUA